GGGUAUAAAGUAAAGGGAGCUCAGCGGGCAGUACAGGCGACAUCCCGGCCACCAGCAGCCCAGCCAAUCAGCGCGCCGCCGGAGCCAUGGCUACCAGAAAAGCACUGAUCAUACUGGCUCACUCAGAGAGGACGUCCUUCAACUAUGCCAUGAAGGAGGCUGCUGUAGAGACACUGAAGAAGAAAGGAUGGGAGGUCGUUGUGUCGGACCUGUAUGCCAUGAACUUCAAUCCCCUUAUCUCCAGAAAGGACAUCACAGGUAAACUGAAGGACCCUGAGAACUUUCAGUAUGCUGAUGAGUCUAGUCUAGCUUAUAAGGAAGGCCGUCUGAGCUCAGAUAUUGUGGCUGAACAGAAGAAGCUGGAAGAUGCAGACCUUGUGAUUUUUCAGUUCCCCCUGCAGUGGUUUGGCGUCCCUGCCAUCCUGAAAGGCUGGUUUGAUCGAGUGCUCGUAGGGGGGUUCGCCUACUCAUUUACUGCCCUCUAUGACAAGGGACCUUUCCAGAACAAGAAGGCAGUGCUUUCCAUCACCACUGGUGGCAGCGGCCCCAUGUACUCUCUGCAGGGCAUCCACGGGGACAUGAAUAUCCUUCUCUGGCCAAUUCAGAGUGGCACUCUGCAUUUCUGUGGCUUCCAAGUCUUAGAACCUCAACUGACAUAUAACAUUGGGCGCAUUCCCAAGGAUGCCCGAAUUCAGAUCCUGGAAGGAUGGAAGAAACGCCUGGAAAAUAUUUGGAAUGAGACUCCACUGUAUUUUGCGCCAGUUAGCCUCUUUGACCUAGACUUCCAGAAAGGAUGCUUAUUGAAAAAGGAGGUGCAGGAUAAACAGAAAAACUCGCAAUUUGGCCUUUCUGUGGGCCAUCACUUGGGCAAGUCCAUCCCAACUGACAACCAGAUCAAAGCCAGAAAAUAAAAGUCACAAGACUUGAUUUCCUUCUAAAAUGUAGCCACAUCUAGGUUUCUUUUUCAGGCUUCCUUGACUUGCUUUAGUUUUUAAGAAUUGUGCUUUCCUUUUUCCACGAGGAAUGAAUUGAGAGAGAAUAGGCUAAUCAUACAUUUUUGGAUAGUUUUUAUGAAGCGUAACUGAUUCUUACACUUGUUAUCAUAGCAAGAUCGGAUUAGGCUCAAGAGGCCACUUAGGACGUAAAGCAGGGAGAGGUGUAGAAAGAUGCCAGACAAUAUUCUUUAAGGUCCUGUACACAAUUUAAUUUCUCUUUUUAAUGAUAAAUUUUUAGAGCUAAAUCUGGCUAGACAGCAUCCAACUUUUCAAUGAUCUAUUUUUCUUUUAAUUACCUCUCUGUGGUUUAUGGCAGAAGGGAAUUGUCCAGAGAAAGAAAUGACUGAGUCUGACCUAAGGGACUUGUUUAGUAGUUAGUAAUCUAUGUUUGUUUAUGAUAUAUGUUGGUUUUAAUUACUACACAGUGACUAGUGUGCCUAAUGUGAGUGUUACUCUUCCUUCAACUUUUGUUGUUUGUAUACAGUACACACAGAUACCUUGAAAUGAAAAGCUAAUAAAAGUCUCUUCUUUACCUCAA